CCCCCCCCCCCCCCCUUUGGAUGGUUUUCUGAAUGAGAACUCUUCCGCUUACCAGGCCAAACCUACAAAACCCCGUCGCCACAUUCCUCAGGUAGGCAAGUAGUGCUUGAUUGUUCUUGAGGUUAGCGGGUCAAUGAUAGAAAGGAUUCUUUUUUUCUCACAAUGAAUGAUUCAUUUUUGCAGACAUCUGAGGGGACUUUAGAUGCCCCAGAUAUUUUGGAUGAUUACUACUUGAAUCUACUAGAUUGGGGAAGCAUCAAUGUUCUCUCUAUUGCUCUUGGCAGUACUGUUUACCUGUGGGAUGCUUCUGAGGGCAGCACUUCUGAAUUGGUCACAGUUGAUGAUGAAUUUGAUCCGGUUACGAGUGUUAUAUGGGCUCCCGAUAGUAGGCAUGUUGCCAUUGGCUUGAAUAAUUCUGAUGUCCAGCGUUGGGAUUCCACGGCUAACAAAUUGUUACGAACUUUGAGAGGUGGCCACCAAUCACGAGUAGGAGCCCUCGAUUGGAACAAUCAUAUACUGACAACAGGUGGGAUGGAUGGUUUGAUUUUCAACAAUGACGUCCGGGUGAGAUCACAUAUUGUGGAAACCUACAGAGGACAUAGUCAAGAAGUGUGCGGCCUAAAAUGGUCUGCCUCGGGCCAGCAGUUGGCAAGCGGCGGAAACGAUAACCUUCUCUAUAUAUGGGCAGAUCAUCGACUGCUAUUUCUUCUUCCAACUCCACCUCCUCAGCCACACAAUGGCUUCACAGGUUCGAAGAACACACAGCUGCAGAUAAGGCCCUUGGCUGGUGUCCAUUUCAGGGGAACCUUUUGGCCUCAGGCGAAGGUGGAGGAGACCGAUGCAUUAAGUUCUGGAAUACUCAUACCGGUUCAUGUGUGAACUCAGUUGAUACAGGGUCUCAGGUGUGCGCAUUGCUGGGGAACAAGAGUGAGCGCGAGUUGCUUAGCUCUCAUGGGUUUACUAAGAAUCAGCUCACGCUCUGGAAAUACCCAUCAAUGGUUAAAAUGGCAGAGCUUAGGGGACAUACCUCUCGAGUUCUUUUUAUGGCUCAGAGGCCAGAUGGUUGCACUGUUGCAUCUGCUGCAGGUGAAACACUAUGAUUCUGGAAUGUUUUUGGAACCCCUGAAGUCAAAAAACAGGAUCCCAGGUCUAACCCGGAGCCGUUCGCUCAUGUUAACCGAAUCCGUUGAUGCCCGAUUUACUCCAUUACUUUUUCAAGAUCUUACUUUUUUCACAGUGAGUGCCAAUGCGUUCUGGCAUUCAAUAUUU